AUGACCAAAUCACGCAAGCUACCCGCGAGGAGGUCGCACGACGAUGGUCUGCCUCUCCCGAAGCCCAGCAAAUGCGACGUGAGCAAGUCAAGGAGUUCACAAAUCGCAUACGACAAGGUGGUGCUGACUAUCAGAUUCGUCAAUAUCUGCAAACCCAGCCACAAGUUCAGCAGCAAAAAUCCGCAAAAUGGACGCUUCCAACCGAACAAUAUGUUCGAAAACCUCUCCUCCACGCGGCUGCCGACAUUGGCUGACAUGCCUCCACCCCCGUCGCUUACACCGUUGACAAUUCCGCCGCUUCCGAUGAUGGGAGGUUUCCCACCUAUGCCCGCAAUGCAGAAUAUGCAGCCACAAGUGUCGUCACGAACCUUUGACAUCCCAGGUGGUUCCGCCAACGAGCAUAACCUCAACUACUCUGGCCAAUUCGGCAAUGCCCAAGUCAGCUACAGCUCUAGCAGCUUCCCACGGAAGGUAGGCCUGGAGCCGCCACUAAUGCCACCAAUUGCAUCUCUUCAACAACAAGCGGCACCAUACCAGCCACAUGGUGAGUUUCCGGACGUUUCCAUCGCCAAUCAGGCUCUGCCACCUAACCAAGCAACCACUUCCGGCCCGCAGAACUCACGUCUCCACGACGCCUUCGCACAGCAGCUGAAUGAAGACACCUACUUCAGCAAUCCGUCUGGCGAACAGGACCAUGCGGCGCCAGAGGGCCGGUCCAACGAGGCCGCCGCUCUGAGCAGGCAGUCAAUAGAUGACCAUUUCAGUCAGGCUGGCGCAGAGCGCAAGGGCAGAAGAAAGCAUCGGAAGUAA